AUUUUGGAGGUGAGUGUGUAGAGUUGGAGGAAGUGCUCUGACAGCGGCGCUUGAGCUCUUCCUGCAGUUAAGGAUGAAUGCAUGAACGCGAGAGAAGAAAAUGGCGAUCGAGCAGGACAAAUAUUUCCCCUCCUAGACUCUGCAAAUGUGUUGAAUUUCUACAGCCUUAUUGUUUGCUUUCAUUUCAUCUCUACUGCACUUUAAACUAAAAGAGAGACUUGGAUGCUAUUGCCACCAAAGACAUUGAAGAGGCAACACAGGGAAAUCUUUCGAAACACGGAUGGAGAGUGGACGGCGGAAAGUGUAGAGUUCAUUGGAAUGACGAUAAGGAAACGGGGGCUAGUCUAAAGUGCCAGAACAUAUCAAGUCCAGUUUCAGCCAGCCUCAGUCUGCCAAUUAGAACAGCAGCACCUCCACUGUAACCUGCACCAUCAGCAAUGCCAAGAGGGCCCCAGCCAGCGGCCAGCCCCAAGCCCUGCCUCGGUACCCGCUCUGUGAAGUUUCGCCGCAUCUCUGUCAGCACAAACAGAAACCGCUGUUGAAGCGUGGGCAUUCCCUCACGUUCCUUGCUUGCCACCCUGGGAACUGAAGUGCAGCUCAACUUUAGCCAGCCAGAGGAGCUUACGACAGAGAGGUCUGUCCUACACUGCGCCCAAAGCCACCUCUCAGGCAUGGCUCCCAUUCGGGAUUCCGUCAGCCACUCCCCUAACCAAACAGGUUUGGAACAUACUGGUCUGGAGCCACAGUAUGAGAAUUCACCAUGGAGCUCUAGCUCACCUUGUGGUGACUCGAACAGCAACUGGGGAAAAGUUAUUGUAGAUAAGGGACCCUGGCCCUCCAUCACUGGUAGUGACCCAGAGUUAGCCUCAGAAUGUAUGGAUGCUGACUCUGCCUCCAGCUCUGGGUCAGAAAAAAAUCUUAGUAUGAUGACGUCUAGGAGCACUGGUGGAGACAACAAUGGCAAUAGACAAGGCUCUCAUUUCAUGGUUGCAAAUGGCAGCAAUAAUGUGGGUAAUGGGAGUAUUAAGGGGCCUUGGUGUGUAUCCAAUGGCUCGAUGCUAAGCACAUGUCAAGGCUCCAUUGAGGACUCCAGCAGCAAGCUGGCAGAAAGCAGCCAUGGCAAAAUAAAUGCAUGGGGUACCCAAGGUUCCUCAAACAAUAUAGGUAUAAAUCCAAGCACUUUGAACCCAAAUGCCAACCAUGGUGCCUGGCCCGUUCUUCAGAACACUGGACCCAACCCCCAUGGGCCUGUGGGAAAUGGAAAUGGUGGCACCAACACUCAACAAAGCACCAUAGGUCAAACACCCAGCAUGCAGAGUAUCAACUCUAAGAUGUCCUGGGGAUGCUUGCAGGAAAAUAUGUCUGAAGCUGAAGUCAAUGGUACAAACAAGGUUCCAAGUGGGCAGCCUCAAAACCUUAACACUGAAUUUAAUGGACCAAAUAACACUACUAACACGAUGACCUCUAGUUUACCAAACUCUACAGGUUCAAUCCAGAUGAAUGAACAGCCCCCAGGGCACAGAGCUUGGCCUAUGAGUACAGGGUGCUCCCCUCAGCUCCCUAUUUCUCCAGUCUCUAAUGGCACUUCCAUUUCUCAACAUGGCAACAGUGAGGGAAUUAACAGCGGGUCUUAUGGUACAGCAUGGGGCAUUUCGCCCAGCACUAAUUACUCUGGAGACAAAUGUCCUAUCCCAAAAGGCCAAGCUGUGGGCGACACUGUGAAUGCAACUCUAAUGCAGUCUGGAGCCAACAGCUCCUCUGUGAGUGCUGCUUCUUUAAAGAAUAAUAAUAAUAACGGGAUGAGCGGUCAUGGAGGAGGUUGGGACUCAGCACCCGCUACCUCACAAAGUAUGUCUUGGGGAGCAGGUAAUGGUGUGGGCCCAGCUGGGAUCCCUCACCCCUGGGGGAGUGCCUCCUCCUCCUCUUCCUCUUCCUCAUCCUCUUCAAACACUGGCACUAAGGUCUCAAAUGGGGAGUGGAACACUUUGCCCAGCAACAGUCAGCAUUCCAAUGAUAGUACGAAUGGAAGCAAGAAGGGAACAAAUGGAUGGAAGUCAUUGGAGGAUGAUGCUCUUGGUAUUGGGAGCUCUGGUCAACCGUCACAAGUCAGCACAUGGAACAAGUCUACAGGCAGUGAAGGAAGUGGAGAGAGCUCAGGAGGUCAUAGUGAGAGGGAUGGGCAACGUGGGGGCAACCGAAGGAGGGGUAAUCAGCAGGGCAUGAUCAAUGCAGCUCUCUCUAGAAUUGACGUGGACCCCAGGGUGUUAUCCAACACAGGGUGGGGACAAACUCCAGUCCGCCAGAACACUGCAUGGGAUGUUUCAAGCUCUGAUAAAAAGACAGGAAAUGGACAGACAGGCUGGGGUAGUGCUCCCCCUCAGGCAUCUAACUCAGGUGGUUGGGGAGAUGGACCCAGCACCAACAAAAGUAGCAAUUCUUCAGUAUCUGGGUGGUCUGAAUCAAAACCUUCAACUGGCUGGGGAGAAACCAAAGGUCCAGCUGGGCAGAAUGGGUGGGAGGAUUCCCCGUCUGUUACAUUGAGCAAGGGUAGUUCCUCAUGGAAUGGUAGCAAGGAUGAGAAGACCUCCUGGAAUAGUGCACCAAAGGCAAAGCAGGGAUGGUGCGGAGAAGGCCCAAAGGGAAACCAUUGGGUGGAGCCCCAGAAGUCUGGUUCAGGUGGCUGGGAUAGUGACAGCGACCGCUCUGGAUCAGGCUGGAAUGAGCCUGGGCAGUGUGGUACAAGCAACACUUGGGGAGGCAGUGGAGGCACCAACACUCCUGACCAGAGUGGUCCAACCACAGGAUGGGGAGAGCCACCCAAGACCAACAAUCAAAACCAAACCUGGGGUGAGCCAAUCAAACCCAGCCACUCCAACCCCACCUGGGUUGACAAUUCAAAACCGAACAAGUCUUCAGAGUGGGGCAAGUCUCAAGAUUCCAGCAUGGGAAUGUUCAGGAGUGGGAACAACUCUCAGACUGGAGCCCCUUGUCAGAACAAGCCUUCAGGAUGGCUGGGAGGACCAGUGCCUGCUGCUUCCAAAGAAGAAGAAUCCACUGGAUGGGAAGAACCAUCCCCUGAAUCCAUCAGGCGUAGAAUGGAGAUCGAUGAUGGUACUUCAGCAUGGGGAGAUCCCACUAAGUAUAAGUGCAGUAACGUAAAUACAUGGAACAACAACACUGCUGGAGAGCAGGAUGGCAUGGCUGUUUCUCAGCCCCCACAGGCCCAAAGCUCUAUGGCUCCAAAAGAAAAGAACUGCAGCUCAGGGUGGGGAGAACCAUAUGGUGGCCCACAAAAAAUGGAGUCCUCUACCUGGGGUGAGCAUGCUGCUCCACCUGUCACUGUGGACAAUGGCACAUCUGCUUGGGGAAAGCCUGUUAAUACAGGUUCCAGCUGGGAAGAGCCGGGAAGGAAAACCUCAGUAGGCAGUAGCUGGGGUCACGCUGCUGUAGGACAACAAUCACAACACAAGUCUGGAUCCAAACCUAUGCAAGAUAACUGGGGUGGAGAGGAGACGUCCAUGACAGGGCACUCCAACUGGGAGGAGGAAAAGGAAUUAGAGAUGGGCAUGUGGAACAACAAUCUAUCACAGGAAAUGAACCAACAUGGAAACUGGUCCUACAAGAAGGUGCCUCCAAAGCUUAACAAAGGACCCAAUAAGCAAGAUGAUUCUCAGUGGAUGAAUCCGCUUGUGAAACAGCUCACCAACAUGUACCCUAGGGAUUCCGCUGAAGAUUCCCUGAAGAGCAAUAAGAUGGAUAUGUCUGGAGGAAUGACAGACAAGCGCAUUGAUGUUGACAAGCAUGUUUUUAACAUCGGAGAGUACGGGAAAAAUACUGCUUCACGCCACCAGAUCCACAAAGACUCUCCUAUAGACCGUAACUCCUAUAUGGAUAAGAAUGUAAAUAUGUACGGUGUUGGUAAUGCAGCAGCACAAGGCCGGAAUGCACAGCAGCCUCCAGCACAAGCUCUGAACUCUGCUCAGCCCGGUCUACGCAACCAAGUGCCUCCUCAACUACUUCCCUCUCAGGUCCCACCAUCCCUGUUGAAGUACUCUCCCAAUAAUGGGGGUCUGAACCCUCUGUUUGGCCCACAGCAGGUGGCUGUGCUGAACCAGCUGUCCCAGCUCAACCAACUGUCUCAGCUUUCUCAGAUUAAUCAGUUACAGCGUCUCCUUUUGCAGCAAAAAGCGCAAAGCCAGAGAGCCAUGCCUGUUAACAGCCGCCAGCAACAGGAACAGGGUCGUGGUCUGGGUCCGUCCCAGCAGAUGAUGCAGAGUUCCCGCCAUCUCGAUCCUUCUUUGAUGAAGCAGCAGACUUCCCCUCAGCCACCCUCGCUGCACCAGCCCAGCCUCAAGUCCUGCAUGGAGAACUUCAUGCCCCUCAAUGCCUCUGACCUGCAGAAGGAACAAAGUUCCUUGAGCUCGUUCAGUAAUUUCCCUUUAGGUGGGUGCCCUCCCCAUCUUAAUGUAGGCCAGACAGACUCUUUGUUGCACCAAGCUGCCAAGCCCAACUCGAUGUUUGCCUCUGACAUGUCAGGCUGUCAGUCAGCUGGCAUUAGUCAAAGUCAUAGCCUCCUAGCCCCACCUCUGAGCAAUGGCCACAUGGUGCCAGGCUCUCCCAUCAACCCUCGGGUAGGAAAGAACUUCUACCCUGACAGCAGCUCUCUUCCAGCAAGAGCUUUGAACUCAAACUUGAAUGUAAGCAACCUUGACAUUGGCAGUGUUGGUUUUAAGGAGCCACAGUCCCGUCUGAAGAAGUGGACUGCCAUGGACAUUUCCGUUAACUCGCCACUUGAUCAAAACCCCAGCAAAUCUGGUGCUAUAACAUCUGGCCUGAGGCUUGAAGACUCGCCCUUUGGUCCAUAUGACUUCAUCAAUGCCGGUAACGCUCCCAUCAGUCCUCCUGGCUCUGUGGGAGAUGGCUGGCCCAGCCGUGCCAAAUCACCUCAUGGUUCCACUAAUGUCAACUGGCCACCAGAGUUCCGUCCUGGUGAGCCCUGGAAAGGAUAUCCGAACAUUGAUCCUGAAACUGACCCAUUUGUCACUCCUGGCAGUGUGAUUAAUAAUCUCUCCAUUAAUACAGUGCGGGAUGUUGAUCACCUCAGGGACAGGAACAAUGGGCCAUCCUCAUCACUUAACACCACGCUGCCUUCAAAUAGUGCCUGGACAUCCAUUCGUGCCUCCAACCACAAUAGUUCCCUCAGCAGUACAGCACAAAGCACUUCAGCCAGAAACAGUGACUCCAAAUGGUCUCCUGGCACAGUCACCAACACCUCUUUGGCUCACGAGCUGUGGAAGGUUCCUCUCCCCUCAAAAGGUAUCUCUGCUCCGUCCCGCCCCCCGCCGGGCCUGACUGGCCAGAAACAGCCCUCAUCUUGGGACAACAGUUCUCUGAGACUGGCAGGCUGGGGUAGCUCUGACUCCAGAUUCAACUCUGGUUCCAGCUGGGGUGACAGCAGCUCAGGGAGAACUAAUUGGCUUGUUCUCAAAAACCUCACACCUCAGAUUGAUGGCUCCACCUUGCGAACUCUGUGCAUGCAGCACGGUCCACUGAUCACAUUCCAUCUGAACCUUCCCCAUGGCAAUGCUGUCGUCUGCUACAGCUCUAAGGACGAGGCAGCAAAAGCCCAGAAGUCACUGCACAUGUGCGUAUUAGGGAACACUACUAUUCUUGCAGAGUUUGCUAGCGAAGAGGAAAUUAAUCGUUUCUUUGCACAAGGUCAGUCAAUGACUGCCUCUCCCAACUGGCAGACGCUGAGCUCUUCUCAGAACCGGAUCGGAUCCAUCGAGGGUUCUCACCCCUUCCCAAACCGCACUGAUCCAAAUCACUGGAACGGCAAUGGAGACCUGCACGGCUCGUCUCUCUGGGGCAUUCCCAAUUACUCCACGAGCCUGUGGGGGAGCCCCAGUGGUGGUGAGGGUGGGGGAAUCAACAGUCCCUCCCCCAUCAGCUCCUUCCUUCCUGUUGACCACCUGACGGGAGGCGGGGAUUCCAUGUAGUGCAUCUUUCACCUUCUGACUUAAAAACAAAACAAAAAAAACAACUAACAUUCAAACCUGUGACCUCAAUGUGGAAAUAGUUAAUCAUAAUCACAUGACCAUAUAUAUUAUAUAUAUGAAAAGAAUCAAAUGGCACUAGUUAGACUUUCUUCACUUACUAAAAGAAAAAAAAAAGUGGGGUCACCCUGUGGAAACAAGUUACAUUUUUGUUCUGCACAUAUGUCCACUUUGUUUUAGCCCAAAACAUAUCAGUUUGAAUACUUGAAUUAUGCAGGCCAAUUCUAUAAUGUGAAAGGAUGUAUUUACACUUCCAGGUAGUGCUCUUCAUACAGAAAAAAAGCUUCAGUUGAGCUCAUCUGUUUUUCUCAUCAUGUUUAUUUGAAUUCCAUUUCUUUUUGUUUUGUUUUUAUUUGCAUUUUGUUUGCUGACAAUGUUGGAGUUUGAGCUUUUUUAACUUUGCACUGAAUGUGGUUUUUCUCAGUAUAAUCUGCAAUAUGGAGGGAGCCGACAGUUCCAGUGUAGUUGUUUACUCAAGGAUGUUCUUAAAGUGUGCGCUCUACUAUGCCUUGAUGUACGCCUACCUUAUUGUGGUAUUGUGGAGUUCCAGAUCAAGAUAUAGAAGCUGAUUUAGGAUUAUUUGAUGAUAUUACAGACAUAAGUAUUGCACCAAUAUAUAUAUUUUUUUUUUAACUAAAGAAUAUAGCUCUGCAGUCUAAAAAAACUGUAGCCACAGCUGUGACUUGCAAACCCGACCUGCAAACCAGGGGGAACAGCACUUUCAAAAUAGGCUUUCAAUUUUGUUUUGGAGGCAUCACAUUGUGCCCUCUUGUUUACAAAACUUUUUGAGGGGGAAAGUAUGGUCAUUCUUCCUUUUAUUUUAAAUAAAAUUAAAAAAAAUACAAAAAAGUAUAAAAAAAUGUAAAAAAAUAAUACAAAAUACAAAAAAUACAAAAAAAUCUUGAGGAUGAAGACGAAGCUUUUUAUCUCUGGGAAUACUGAUCAGUGUUUGGCCAUGUCAUUGGUUAUUUUAUCUAUUCCUUUUGUCUGCUAAAUAACCAGCAUGGUUCUCAGGAAAUAUAGCCAGUUUUCCCCCAUAGAAACUCCUUGUAGGAAAAUCCAACUUUUAGCACUGAAACUACUUAUAGCUCUGUAAGUUUUUCUCUGCCAAAUAACUGCUUUAAGCUGGAGACAUUCUACAUACUGCUUUUCGAAUAUGCUGUCUUUUUUAUUAAUGAGUGGAUAUAUGGUUUGCUGAAUCACGAUCUAGUCCUUCUUCCCUUUUUCCCACUGAGUGGCUCAAUGUUUUUUUUUUGUGACUGUCAAAGUAACUGUCAAAUGUCAUAAGAAAAAGCAGAAAUCUGUAUCUAUGCAUACUGUAGCCAAUGACUCGGCCUACAGAAUCGCUUUUUCUUUGUCUGAAGUAAUGUUUUAUAUGUUUCAGUAAUUUGCAUAUACAUUGUUUGAUUGAGAUAUAUAUAUAUUUUCCUCAUCGCCAGAGCUGGUGUUAAAUCUCGUUUGGUUAUUUUAACAUUGCAAAAGUCGUCCACAUUUCAUUGCCUUGAUUCAAAUUGUGUCCGAAGAUGCAACAAGUCGAGUGGCUUUUAACUGUUUACAAAUAGAAAAUGAUUGUAAUGUGUACAGUUUGGUUGUGUUAAUCUGAAGUUCCUUAUUACGAUAUUAAUAAAUCAAUGUUUUGGCUGCUCAUUACCAUUUUAUUUUCAUUUUCUUUUUCUUUUGUUCUCCCCGUUUCCCUCCCCUUCCCCCCUCCCUUCCUCAAAGCUGGUUUGUCAUUGAGAAUGGCUUGCCUCUGUACUUGUGGCCAAGGAAGGCUGGAUUAGAGCUGAAUGUAAUCAACUGCUGGUAGUUUAAAUGAUGUGCAUGGAUUUACAGACUAUUUACCUUUUAUUGUACUAUAUUUUAGAUGCACAAUUUAUAAGACGCUUCAAGAGCGGGAGGGAGAGAAAGAUGUCAGCAUUAGGCUAAGCCAUGGACCUUAAUAUUUAAGAUGUUGUUUUUUUCUCCCCUUUGUUUUAUUCGAGUAGAACUUGUGUGGUGUGUUAACUUAUCCAUAUUUAAUGACUCGUUGUACAAAACCCCGAGUAUUACCCUCACUUUAUGGUUGCGUGCCAGUAUUGAACCAUUUCAAGUGACUGCUUUACCAAAUAUACUUCAAUCAAAAGAUUUGUUUACCUGACCUGGCUUAUCUCAUUUUGUUUGGUUGACAAAUUUGAAGUGGACAUUGGAGAGAAACGACAUGACAUGAAAGCCGAAAAUGAGUUUUUGGAAUUGCACUUGGUGUAUACAUUGAACUAGAAAAGCUUGUACUGUAUUUGUGUUCUGGAGGCAGAGACUGGACAGCAUGGAUGGAGGACUUUACCUGUUGUCUUUUUAUUCUUUGUGUACAUUGGCUAGACUCUUAAAUCGUGUGUUUGUGCCUGCAUGCUUGAGUGGUCUGCUCCAUUCCUGUGCAUCAGAAGCCCAAGUAUUCACCUCUUGUUUGGAAGCGUAUAACUACACGCAUCGCUGACUGUUUUGCCCUGACUUUGUUUACUCCCUCGAUGUGGUUCACUCAAUCUUUUGUGCUUUAGUUACAUGGUCGAAUGCAUCCGGAGUAGUGUUAGUCCUUUCUGGAAGUGCUUUACCAAUGGUUCUGAAUGGGUUCUUCCCUGCUGUCUUGGCAAACGUGCUAGUUUCCAUAUACUUUAUAACUUUUUACUUCGAAAGCUUAGGGAAAAGCCAUUGGCACCCAGAUUAUUUCCACUUUUAAUUGUUUAUUUUGCUUUAUUUUUUUCCCCCCCCCUCCCCUCUUUUCCUCUUAAUUUUGUUUUAUGUAUGUGCAGCUGUUUGGUGUUACGUUUUGGUAAUUCACUGUCAUGCCAAAUUAUCAAGUUGGGGGAGGAAAGGGAUAUGUUUUGUAAAAGCUGGACAAUGUAUACGCUUCAAAUGUCACUUGCAAAAUGGAUGUUUUGAGGAUAUUCAUGAGCAAUGUACAAUCCCCAUUUUUAUCGCCAGGUUGAACAUAGAGGAAACGAAAAAGUGACUUGGCCUGACAUUCUACUUUUGUACUGAAAAUGUCAUUUCUUUUCUGAUUUAUCCUGUGAGCAAAUAUACCCAUGUCUUUUAAAUGGUUCCUACUGUUGAACAAUGUGCUAAGGCAGUUGACUUAAACUGUGAGUAUUGCUGUCAUGUCAUUAUAAACCCAAAAAGCUUUAGUAAAACCAGCACAAGAAAACAGAUGAACGAGAGUUUAAAUCGAAACUUCCACCUUGGGGAAAUUCUAAGAGAGUCUAUGCAGUGUAGGGUGAGGCUUCCAUGUCUUUGCUUACUAAAAUCCUGACCGCGGUAGUGGUCAUACGAUUCCUGUAAUGUGCCAUGAUUUACAUUUUCUUUAACUCUGUCAUGAAAAAUUGGCCAGUUGUAGCAAAUGGAGGGUUGCAUUAACAUUUCCUCCUUCACAGCACUCCUCACAGAACGGGCUGUGGAAUAGCAAAUUCUCAACUCCAACAUUUCUUCUAGUGGUCUUUGGUCACAUCUAACCUAUAUGCACACUGCUUUGGUAGACUGUUUGAAAAUGAAUAGAAAUAAACAUCAAUAAGAUAACUUAAAUGAGCAGGAAGUUCUUUUCAGCGUCUUCCUGGGGUCAUCUUAGAAUUUUAACUUGGGGAACUGCACUUUUUGAAGGACAAUCUUUAUUUGUAUUGGUAACAAUUGACACAAGGUUUAGUCUAGUAAUACAUGGUAGACAUUCAAAUGUGUAGUGAUGAAUGUUUCCUGUAAUGUUGUUUUUCCUCAUUUUAUUUUUUUUUGUCUUCUCUUUGUUGCUUGGUUUUCAAUUUUAGUACCCUUAAGUGCAUAUGUAACGAGGUAGUUAAGGUAAUAGAGUAGUUUUUAGUUCUUUUGUUGGCUGUACUUGUAGACUGAUAAUAACUGUUUGUAAAGUCCUGAUCUUGAUAUUGGAAUACAGAGCUGUAUAACUUGGGUACAACCCGCAAUAAAGCCUAACAGUGA